AUUGGAAGUAACAUUCGAUUUCAGACUCCGCGUGCAAAUCUGUUGCGAAAGUUUCCAAACCUGAAGAACACUCUUUCGGUCUUUCUUCUCUCCAACUAGAACGAAAAUGAUCGAGUUAAAAUCCGAAGAACAGAACCAACUACAGCUCGUUGAAAGAGAAGAGUUUGAUGACGAGGAGGAGUUGUUUGAAGCGAUCGAUAAACUAAUUUCUCAAGGAAUCAAUGCUGGAGACAUUAAAAAGCUUCAGGAUGCCGGAAUCUACACCUGCAAUGGCUUGAUGAUGCAUACGAAAAAGAGCUUGACAGGGAUAAAAGGAUUAUCUGAGGCGAAAGUUGAUAAGAUCUGUGAAGCUGCUGAAAAGAUGGUGAAUAUUGGUUACAUGACUGGAAGUGAUGUUCUGCUCAGAAGGAAGUCUGUGGUUCGGAUCACGACGGGAAGCCAGGCCCUAGAUGAUCUGUUAGGCGGUGGAAUCGAAACUCUACAAAUAACAGAAGCUUUUGGAGAAUUCCGGUCCGGGAAAACUCAGCUUGCACAUACCCUAUGCGUCUCCACACAGCUUCCUCUUAACAUGCGCGGUGGGAACGGGAAGGUUGCUUACAUCGACACCGAAGGAACUUUUCGACCAGAUCGGAUUGUGCCAAUAGCUGAAAGGUUCGGCAUGGAUGCAGGAGCAGUCCUUGACAAUAUUAUAUAUGCACGUGCUUACACAUAUGAGCAUCAGUACAACCUUCUUCUUGGUCUCGCAUCCAAAAUGGCUGAAGAACCAUUCAGACUUCUGAUAGUCGAUUCGAUUAUUGCUCUGUUUCGAGUAGAUUUCACAGGAAGAGGUGAGCUGGCAGAGCGCCAGCAAAAACUUGCACAGAUGCUCUCCCGUUUGACAAAGAUAGCUGAGGAGUUCAAUGUUGCAGUAUACAUGACCAACCAAGUUAUUGCUGAUCCGGGUGGAGGAGUUUUCAUAUCAGACCCAAAGAAACCAGCAGGAGGGCACGUCCUUGCCCAUGCUGCCACAGUUAGAUUGAUGUUUAGGAAGGGCAAAGGGGAACAGCGAGUCUGCAAGGUCUAUGAUGCCCCUAAUCUGCCCGAGGCUGAAGCCGUUUUUCAGAUAACUCCAGGAGGCAUUGCAGAUGCAAAGGACUGAAGCUUGAGUUUCUCACUUUUCUUUUGUUCUGUCGUACAGGUAGAAUAGGCAACAUUAGUGUAGGAAUUGUUUCCAUUCUAGAGUUUACUGGAUUUCCUUGGUAUACUAUAUUUUAC